AUGCCCUCAACAUUAGAAAAGGCUCGCAAGCACAUUGCGAAGAAGCGCAAUGGCCAUGACCUAGCCCUUCAUGAGUUUUCCAGAGACUCCAAGCGUCUUCACAAGGCCUCGAUCAGAGACCAAAGGCUAGGAAAGCUCCACGCCUCAAAGAACAAGAAGGAGCAGCCCAUGAUCGACCGUGCCUCCUUUUUCCAAAAGGCAAUUCAGGAGAAGGGAUCCGAACCCCUCGACUUGGCCGCCGUUCAGGAGCUCAUCAGCAAGUUUGUGCACCAGUACGAUGAGGAGUACGCCGAGGUUAAGAAGACCCGCCGUGCCGGCCGCCCUGCAAGUGCCAAGGAAGACUUGCUCAAGCUGAGAAUCUCGAACCUUGAAGAAGAGUACAAGAUCGGAUUCUACCUUCCUGACCUCACAACGUCGUCCAACAUCAUCCAACUCGACCGCUGGGAGGGUUCAUGGGCUUACCUCACCAACCUCGCCUGGGUCAAGAUCACGAGUGACGGGAACGUCAGACCAUCCAGCUUCCCUCCCAGGGUUUAG